AUGUCAAGUAAGGGCAGAAAAAAACUAAAUACUCGUAGGCAAAGGUAUGAGGACAAUGAGGAGGAUGCCCAAAGUGAAUUCAACUACAUGUCAGAAAGGGAUUCUAGAAAGACUGAAGGUGAGUCACUAGGUUUUGCAUUGGGACAGACAAACCGAGAAAAUAAUGCAGUAAUGUGUACUCCUACUCCUAUGAUAAAUCUGACGUUACCAACUCCAGAAACCUUCUCUUUUACUCCGAAUGAGUGGCAUUCCUGGAGGAAUUGCUUUCAAAGGUAUAGACGGGGGUGCGGUCUAGAUAGCACUUCCGACGCUCGGCAAAUCGAUGUACUUUUGUUUACAAUGGGUAGUAGGAGUGAAGAUAUUUUCGAUUCGUUUUCACCAAAGCCGAAUACUUAUGACGAGGCUCUUCGGGCCUUUGAUGCAUACUUUGUGCCAAGACGAAAUAUCAUUUAUGAGAGAACAAAAUUUCUGAGACACAAGCAAGGGAGUGAUCCAUCUGAAAAAUUCAUAACAGAUUUGCAUGGUCUUGCAAAAACGUGUGCAUGGGGUGAACUGAACGAUGAGAUGGUACUUCUGGUCCUCAUUAUUGGUAUGAAAGAUGAGGCUCUAAGUGAUAGACUCCAGCUGGACUCUCAAUUGACUCUGGAGAAGGCGAUUAAUACCUUGCGCAAACACGAGGAGCUAGAACGCCAAAAACGUGAGCUCGGCAAUACUAAUGUUUUUAUGGUGAAUAAAACGUCAAUACAAGUCGGUAAAACAAAUCUGUCUGAAAGAGCUGGUGAACAGAAAUUCACCGAGGAUGCUAUGAGAAAAAAGUGCAGGAAAUGUGGUUAUAACUGGCACGGAUCACUGGCCGAAUGCCCUGCUAGGAAAGCCAAAUGUGACAAAUGUUCCGAGAUUGGACAUUUUUUUCGAUGUUGUCCCUCCCGCGAAAAGUGGAUGAGAAAAAACAAAAACGUUGUUAAGGAAAUCGAACAGCAAGAUUCAGACAGUGGUUAUCAACAGGUUCCUGAGAUUUUCAUAGGGAAUAUAGACAGCAGUGACAAAGCCUGGGUCCAGGAGGUAAAAGCAAGCUGUGGAAACCAAGAUUUAGGUCUUAUAAAAUUUAAACUUGACACAGCAGCUGAUGUAACCAUGAUUCCAGUAGGAGUUCUUGGUGAUUUUAUUAAGACUCUGCCUCUAGGAAAGUGCAAAUCCCCUGUGUUUAGCGCAAAGAAGAAAGAACGAAUCAAUAUUUUGGGAACUUUAAGGCUAAAGCUUGAACAUAAGGGUGUAUCAGUUUAUGAUCUUGCGUAUAUUUCUGAGGAGAUCACUGUUCCACUUCUUAGCAGACGUUCCUGUGAAGAGCUGAACCUGGUGAGGAGAAUUUUUUCUGUAGAUUCACAUGAUAUUGACUGGGCUACUAAGUAUCCUAAUUUAUUUCAAGGGUUGGGAAAUAUGAAAGGAGAGUACAAGAUUGAAAUGAAGGAGAAUGCAGUUCCUUACACUAUAUCCACCCCCAGGGUUGUUCCAAUACCUUUAAAAACCAAGGUGAAAGAGCAGUUAGACGAUAUGCUUGAGAAAGGAGUGAUUGUUCCAGUUGAACACGCGACUGAUUGGUGCGCACCAAUGGUAGUUUGUGCAAAAAAGGGAGGUGGGGUUAGGAUCUGCGUAGACCUAUCCAAACUCAACAACAGUGUGAAACGUCGGUUUUAUCCUAUCCCAAAGAUCGAACUUUCAUUGGCCGAGAUCGCGGGAGCCAAGUACUUCAGCAAGAUCGAUGCGAAUUCCGGGUUCUGGCAACUGAACCUUGCAGAGGAGUCACAAGAUUACACAACAUUUAUCACCCCUUUUGGGAGGUAUAAAUUCCGUAAGUUACCUUUUGGAAUUACGUCCGCUCCUGAAGAGUUUCAGCGCCGCAUGUCAAAAGCUUUAGAAGGGGCAAAGAACUGUUUAGUGCACAUUGACGACUGUCUGAUAUGGGGAAGAACGAAAGAAGAACACGACGAGUGUCUUAGGGCCGUUCUAGAGAGAGUGCAAGCUAAUGGAAUCACCUUGAAUAAGCAGAAGUCGGAGUUCUGCAAGAAGACUAUGACAUUUCUGGGGUUUGUGCUGUCUAAGGACGGAAUCAAGCCUGAUCCAAGCAAGACCCCAGGAAAAGACCUUGCCAUACCAGAUCUACUAUCAAGAAGUCCUAUUCCGGCUGACGAAGAUGGCGAAUUGACCGAAGAAGUGGAAGCCUUCGUCCACGAAAUCAGUCUGAUUAGUAUAAACACUACAGAUGAAAAUGUGACAAAGGUACUUCACUCACAAAUGAGAGAUCCAAUCUGUGCACAACUUAAGUUACAAAUUUUAGACGAAUGGCCUGUAAAAUCAAGUUUACCUAAUGAGAUUCAAGAGUACUGUAAUGUGAAAGACGAGUUAAGUUGUAUUGAUGGGCUAUUGCUUCGAGGAACUCGGAUGAUAAUACCUCAAGAACUACGAGCGGAAAUGCUCGAGAGGCUUCACAGUGGACACUUGGGAAUCACAAAAACAAGGAAACGUGCUUUGGGAACCAUGUGGUGGCCUGGAAUUUCUCAAGAAAUAGAAAGGAAAAUCAAAUUGUGUCCAGUGUGUAUUCAGAACUCAACUAAUCACAGUGAACCAUUGAUUCCGAGAACUGUCCCGGAUUACCCGUGGCAAAAUGUGUCUGUUGACUUGUUCAAACACGAAGACAAGUGGUAUAUGGUUAUCGUGGAUCACUACUCAAGAUACUUUGAAGUCAAGGAAAUGCAUCGAAUGAGGGCUUCAGAUGUGAUUCGGGUUUGCAAAACCACAUUUUCAAGUUUUGGAAUUCCUCAACGUGUUUAUUCAGAUAGUGGGAAAAAAUUUCACCAUAUUGACUCAAGUGAAUUUAAAUUGUUUGCAAAGGAGUGGGGGUUCUCCACAUUCAGAAGUAGUCCCCACCACCAUCAGGGAAAUGGGGCAGCUGAAGCAGCUGUGAAAGUAGCAAAAGGGCUAAUGAAGAAAAACAAGGAUAAAUUUGAACUUGCCCUACUUUCUUACCGGACCUCACCUCUUGAAACCGGCUUUUCCCAAUCUGAACUUAUGUUUGGAAGGAAAUUAAGAGACAAUCUUCCAUCUACUUUGGUUGGAAAUCCUGUGGAAAAUAAGAAUUUUCUUGAGAGGGAGAAUAAGUACCAGAAUAAGUACAAGAUACAAUUUGAUAAACGACAUGGAGCGAGUGGUUUAAGUGAAUUAGAAGUUGGAAGCAUGGUAUGGAUCACAGAUCUACGUCGACACGGUAAGGUAGUCAGGAAAUUGAACGAACCACGUUCCUACCUUGUGGAAACUGACAAGAGAACUAUUUGCCGAAACAGGAAGUUCUUAGUUCCUGCACCGUACUACGGAGGAGAUGGAAUUCUUUCAAACUGUUCAUCCAUGGUCCUUAAUCGUCCAUGCAACUCACGUGAUCGUCCAGGAGCUGGCACAGUAACCCGUUACGGAAGGUCCAUUAAGAAACCGAGGCGGUAG